CACAGUUGCGCCUGCGACUCCCAAGACGCAAACUGCAAACUGCAAACUGCAACUCAUUCACGCCCCAAUCACCCAGUCCGGCAUAUUCUCCCAUCACAAUUUCUCUCCAUUCUUACCUAGUACUUAGUCCUACAUCGCAUCUAAAGGCCUCCAUCUGUGUUUUUAAGUCUACCGCUUACCAUCUCAAUCUUUGAUUCCACCACCUACCAGACUAUCAGUCUACUAGUCUGCCAUUUGCCCUCGCGCUCUCCCGCUUCCUCUCUCAAACUUGUCCAGAUCUCCUUCACCUCAGCUUGUUCCUACUGCCGCCUUGCAUCUUGCCACCUCCCACGAAAUCCUACUUCUGCCCCCGAGUCCCAAGUCAGAUUCACACCAAUGUUGCUCUCAUAGCCCAAGUCAACUCUACCCACCUAUCAAUUCAAGACCGUCACUCAUACUACGAGGCCCAUCAGUACCAUGAAAGAGACCGCAUGACUCAUGCACACAAGUCGCGCUCUUGAAAAUGGGCAGGACUCACGACUAUACCAUCAUGGGUCCUUCUGGGGAUGACACCAAACCCCCUGGUCCUCCGCUAGCCAGGUCUUUGCCCAUCAGGAAAGACUCGAGGAAUGUUUCCUCCAACCUUCGCUCUUUGUAUCGCAUGUCUGCGCAGGACAUGCGAGCAGCCCAACUUGGCCAUGAUCCGUCUCAGCUCGAUCACAAAGCUUUGCCAACAUCACCUAAUCUACCUCCCACCCCUCCGAACGCCGUCAACGGCGAUCUUCCAACUCCUGCCGAGGAAAACGCAUCGGAUACCGCAAUCUUCAGAUCUGCCCUCGUCACUCCCAUCAACCAGCAUAACCCUCCGACCCCCGACAAUACUCCUCCACAGGACAGGAAACCCCUUGUCGUUCGGCCGUGGCUAGGGCCCCAGACCUCCUUUACUUCUACUGUCGCCGAGUCCUUUACUACCGCUCAGGAAGAUUUCACUUCAGACCCAGGCUCUGAUCAACAGUCAAAGACUCCGGAGGCCACCUUUGAAUGGCCGCUGGCCUCGAUCGCCAAAUUUGGUGGACACCUGCGCCAGAAGACUUCGAGUCGCUCACCCUUGAUGAAUGAUUAUAGUGAUUUACACCAGAUCAGCCAUACCCCAGAGCAUUACGAGGACGACCACAUCCAGUACCCCUCGAUUCCCGAUCCAGCCGUGCCCUCAGAAUAUGAGACCGAGGGAGACCCUACUGAUUCUUGGACUCCCAGAUCGCGCAGCCGUCGCUCAGACGAUAUGCUACCUCCUCUCAACGGGCAACACCGGGACGAUGAAGAGACAACAUCCUCCCCUGAGAUGCAAUCUACUGAACUUGCCCCUUCGAGCGGCCUGCGCAACCGAUUUCUUGAUGCUCAAUCCCAAACCCCAUCCGCCUCUACCGAGAAAUUCGCCAACAUUAUAGGCUGGAACGAUUCCGUCCACUUUGGACGGUCGGACAGUCAGACUAGACUUGUUGUAGAGCAUGAGGACGACUACCGCAGAUUUUCUCGCACCUCGACCACGUCGACUGUGGAGGCUUAUGUCUUUGAACAGAGUCCGCUUCCCAAAAGGACCACAACGCUCCGCCAUAUGAACAAGCACGAAUCCUUACGGUCUGUGAGCUCGCCGCUGCCAGCCUCCAAACGCGGGUCGCUGAACUCGUGGACCGAAUCUCCCCACCCUCUCAUUCACAAAAAGGCCCGACUCAGCAACCAGAAUCGCUGGAGCGCCGGAUCCGAAAUCUCGCGGUCGCAGAGUCUGGCAUCGACGACAAUCUUGCCCAAGACAGAGGUCAUUCACGUCGCGGUGAUCCCUGAAAGGUCGUCUUCGCUCUCGUCGUCACGCCGUGACAGCUUCAAUCGUCCAUCCCCGUCGAGCGAAUCCGGAAAGUCGCAAUCGCGAAAGCCUUCUGACCAGCCUCCAUCAUCGUGGCAGCAUAAACGCGCAUUUUCCGAAGCGUUGGAACGUGGAAGACAACAGCACCAAGCCCCCGUUGUUCCUCCCAGAAGCUCGUCACUGUCAGCUCCCACGUCCAAGGCGACGUCCUGUGCAAACAGCAUCACUUCUUCUCACUUCAGAGUACAGCGACAACGGGCGGAGAAGGACCUGCGUAGAACCUUGGAUAGGAUGGAGUCGGACAUGCUCUUGCAGCAACUACCGCGGUGGACCUUGGAGCAGGCGCAGCCUACGGCAGGCGAACAACUAUCCCGCAACGGUCCUCACGAUCCUCGUAGCCACUCAAUGGGACAUAACGCACCCUGGAGCGACUCCAUCCCACACAGGCCCGUGGCUUCUCCACUACUCGAUGAUGAUGCCAACCGGAACACCCUGGGUCUCGUGAUGCCCGGUACAACAGAGUGGGCGUCCAUGCGGCCGUCCUCAAUUCUAGACACUCCCUUUUCACAGCCGUCCUUCCAAUCGGCAUCUCCCGAGCUCAGUGAAGCACAUGCUAUCAACUAUUUCCCCCACAACAACCACAGCCUGCAGCUCAUUGAACCCUUUCCUGUCCACGAAUCCAAAGCCGUGCUAGAGGUGCAGCGAGCUGGUCUGUCACACUCAGAGGUCGACUCCCCACUGCGAAAUCCUCGACGACCGCCAGAGCCACCACAAUUCCAUGUUGUUCCUCCUACGCCGGCCGACGAGCUGGACCCGCGGCUAGGUCUGGAGGAUCAUCUACCCCAAGGACUCGGGCAUUCGGUGCGCCGCCCAACUAGCUCUCGGGGACGAUCCGAGUCUUUCAUCACUGCUCUGUCACGUAACCUGAGUGUGAAGAACCCACGCAAUCGUAAAGCGGGCCAGGACUUGAACGGCGAAUUGCAUCCAUUCUGGCGUCCACGGGCAUUCUGGGACGACGUGGACCAUUCUCGCCCAGAGUCGGACGAGGCGGGGAACGGGGGCAUCAUCAAGAAUUCCCUGGGGCUACCACAGGAGCGAACUAUUGUGACGGGACCUGCAUCGCUGAUCAGACGAAUCUCGGAACGGCGUCAGCAAAGGAGACGAGUUGCCAGACAGUCGAGCCACAGCAGUCUGGCCAAGCUUCGAGCCGGACGCCAUCUGCACCGAUUCGCCCCCAAUGCAAUGCGCCUUCACUUUGUGGGGAUUCGAAACAUCCAGGACUGGAUCCUCCAGGCCAAUCGACGAAAAGAAGAGAAGAGGCGCGAGAAGAGGCGGGCUGAUUUGAGAAAAAGCAUCGGCGCCAAUGUGAUUUCACAAGGGGAUUCACGAUUCCCGACGAGCAACCUGGAUGAGUUUGGCGGGACACGUUUCCCCUGACGAAUCAUGAGAUGACUGACAAUAUUGUUUGCCCCUGAAUGAGCCCUGGUGGCCAUUGAGUGGGUUUUUUUGAGGCGUUGAGGAGCAAACUUGAUUGACAGCUUCAUAAUAUGUUGCGAAAUAUUGCAAGAGAUAACGGAUCAUUUGACGAAUUGAUGCAACGAAGGAAUGAUGUUUGACGACUCGAUGACUUGGAUGAAAUGAAUGGCGAUCAUGGAUCGAAGUGUACAAUUACUAUACGCGAUAUGCUAUACGCUAUACUAUAUGCUUAGUCAAAACAGCCAGGUAGUGCAGCAGCGUGUUGGGAUCACAGAGCGAGAUGAGGGAGUCCAAUGAGCGUCUGAAUUAAUUAAUGCCAUUCUUUUG